ACGAGCGAUCCUUUCUGCUCUUCGCUCACGUUUGGCGGUGUUGCGUUCAAGGACCUUGGAGGCCGACAGACAGACGGACGGACGGACGGACGGACAGACGGACGGACGGACAGGCGGACGGACGGGCGGACGGACGGGCGUACGGACGGACGGACGGACGGACGGACAGGCAGACGGUCGCCUCCUCGUUGACGCCCAGCAGAGAUGGCGAAAGCGGACCAGCGCUACGGCCAGCGGGACGGCUCGGACCAGAACUUCGAUUACAUGUUCAAGCUGCUGAUUAUCGGCAACAGCAGCGUGGGCAAAACCUCCUUCUUGUUCCGAUACGCCGACGACUCCUUCAGCAACUCCUUCGUCAGCACGGUGGGCAUCGACUUCAAGGUCAAGACCGUGUAUCGCCACGACAAGCGGAUCAAGCUGCAGAUAUGGGACACGGCGGGCCAGGAGCGCUACCGCACCAUCACCACGGCGUACUACCGAGGGGCCAUGGGUUUCAUCCUCAUGUACGACAUCACCAACGAGGAGUCCUUCAACGCCGUGCAGGACUGGGCCACGCAGAUCAAGACGUACUCGUGGGACAACGCCCAGGUCAUCAUGGUGGGCAACAAGUGCGACAUGGACGAGGAGCGAGCCGUCCCUCCCGAGAAGGGAAAACACUUGGCCGACCAACUCGGUUUCGAAUACUACGAGGCGAGCGCCAAGGAGAACGUCAACGUACGGCAGGUGUUCGAGCGCCUGGUGGACGUCAUCUGCGUCAAGAUGUCGGAGCGCGUGGACGUGGAGGCGCCGGCGGCCCCCGGGACCAAGACCGCCAGACUGAGCGACAAACCCGCCGGCCAGCUACCCCCAAAGUGCUGCUGAUAAGUCGGCGACCGCCAACCCCCCCCCCCCCCACCGGCCCCACGACCCACCCACCCAAACCCCAUCAACAUCCGAGCAUAGCGAGCGACGUCGGUCCCGUGGCCUCUGAGCUGCCCGUCGUGGCGAACCGAAAACCUGGACACGACGUACGGUACAAAAUCCAUUUUUGCCCCCCCCCCUCAACCCUUCGAGUUCCUGCGAAGUGACCCUCCGGCAUGUCAGCUGUCUCGUUUUCAGCAAAAAUUUCCAAAAAGAAAAAGAAAAUUCACCCCCCCCCCCAAAAAAAAAGGGCCUUCCACAAAGAUUGUGGCAAUCAUGACGUUCGGAACCUGCUGGGCCGGGCAAGGAUGUUUCAUUCGGGGAACGAGGGGCGCCGUGUGAUGAAGUGCGUUCGAACGAUAACGCACCCCGCCGGGAAUCUUCCGCAGUUCCGGUACAUCGGUUCCAACUGUGUUGCGGUGUGGAAACGGCUUUCGUGCCGGAGGGUCACGGAACCAAGAAUCCGACGCGGCUCAGAGGAGUUUGUUGUCAAAUCCGAAUGAUUCAAACAAAUGGCCGGCUUCAAAACGGUGUCCGCUCUCGAAGGCGACGGGCGUGUCCCCUGAACGGGCCAAAGCCACGUCCCGCUCGACUCAAAACUGCCAAACCAAGUAUCGCAACUACUUUUUUUUUUUUUUUGCCGUCGUUAUGCCGACACGUGCUUAAGUACGCGUCGGAGCCGCCAAAAUACGUCUGCUUUAAAGCCUCGAGUGGCUGAAAUCAAUCCCGCAGGGCUUUCCCAUGCUGCGACAACAAGGCACUCUAAAGCGGGCACCCCAGCGCAAUUAAGCCUCCGUCCGCGCGUCGGACUUUCAGCCGGGGGCUAUUUUGUCCGACGACGCUAGCAGGGUGUAGGUGUAGCUAGCUGACGGCGGCCGACGUGAACGAAGGCGGUCCGGUUCGGUUCGACUUGUGCCAGGGGUCCUCGCUUUAGCCACGCCCAAAAACUAAAUGGUGCCAAACGGUUACGCGCGACUGUACGUCAGCGCAAUUCACUAUGACAUACAGCCCAGUCCUUCCAAACAACUCUCGUAACUCUGAAAAUGGUUCACGCUAAAAACGCCACCAAAGAUGAACCGCGACACGGUUUAGCGGGGAGCACAUCCGGAAAACUUUCUGUUUGUACGAUUGGCAGCAGGUUCGGAUCAGGACUUCAACCUUCUGCCUGCCGCCGAUUACGAAAGAUUCGCCGAUCACAUGACCGCGCCGACACGCCUCGCUGCCGUUUCGUGGCCCUCCCCAAGCGACACGCUUUCGUCUUCACUUUGGCAAAUUGUACGACGAGUUGCGGAAUCGCCUCCCGUCGGUCAGUUGUUUGCAAAUGUCUUACUGUGACGUGCAAGACGACAGAAUGGCGAGAAUAUUUGGCGCCGCGCAUUCAUCAACUUCAACUUGACGGAGACGGCGAGCAACGCUGCCGCCUGGCGGUUGCUCUCGCAAAUACCGUACACGCGAGUAUUUCCGAAUGGCAAGUGCUUCUAAAUGCACACACGGGCGCACCCUGCUGGCGACGGGCGUGGGGUGCGACGCUCUCGCGAGACUCGAUUUACUGUUGUGAGUGCUUUUGUGUGCGUGCGUGCGUGCACUUGGACCAAAGUGUGACAUUUGCAUCUUCCCGUCAAAGGAAUGACGUGCGCGUGCGCGUUGUGACUUUUGCGUGUUCGUAUCGAUGACGAUGAUGAUGAUGAUAAUAUUGACCUUGUUGAGUAUUUCUGGUGACUUUGUAAGUGCUAGAUUUAGACGUUCGAUUGUGUGUGAAACAAAUUGUGGCGUGGGCAGAUUCGAUGUGAACUCGUCUAACCAAGCACAAAGUGAUCGUACGAGCUACUGUCAAUGUUUGAAUUAUUAAAGAUGGAAUUUAGUAUCAAAAGUUAAACGACCUUUGCUCAUGUUGUUUGUCUGCUUGAACACCUUUUUAUGUUGAAAAUGUGUCGCUGACGUGAAAAGUGGGCUGGGGAGCGGCCCGGUGACGCAAUUUCUCGUGUGAUGAUGUCAUCGAGUCGUUACGUAGAAGAUCGGGCAAGGUAGGCGACACGGUGGACAGCUGCUUCCCACUUUUGAGGCCGCCGGUUCAAAUCUCGCCCCUCCUGCGUGGGAUUUGGAUGUCCUCGCCGUGGCUUUUCUCGGGGCCCUCCGCCCGAAACGUGCGCGCUAGCUUGAUUGAAGACUAAAUUGCCCCUAGGUGCGAAUGGUCAUUUCAGCGGAGGUCCCGCCCAAAGAUGUCCGGCAUAGGCGAGCCGCGGCGGAAGAAAAUGGAUGGGCGGAUGACCCAAGUAAACAAAAAAAUGAUGUGUUUUUUUGUGAAAUGUGAUACUCAUCAAAGCAAAUACAGGCAUUCAAAAGUUUUUUGUUUUUUUUCUAUGACCAAAGGUCAAACUAUCCAAUAGAAGCUCAUCAAUCAAAACUUUUGCUUUGUGCUGACUACUCUUAUAUGAUUUUACACAUUAGGGUCCACAUUAUUCAUCUGUUUUGAAUAUCGUCGGUGAUAAAUAAAGAUGUCAAAUCUGUCAAUUGAUUUUAUCUGUUAAUCACGUUUUCAUUGGGAGCGAAGUUGCAUGUAUUUAGCGUUGGAGUGACUUUUCAAAAGUUGUUCAUGGUUUACAAAUACAAAUGAAAAACGGCUGCCGACAUAGUUGCUCAAUCAAGUAACAAAAAUGCUCAGUAGGCGAC